AAAGUUUUUUUUUUUAGAAAUACGGAUUUCCAGGCGCGAUUUUGUGUGUAGACGGGACACAUAUUAAAAUCGUUGCUCCAACUAAAGAUAAGUUUCUCUAUUAUAACCGCAAAGGAUACUUUAGUAUCAACGCCAUGAUUGUAAGUUUGGUGACAAAUUCGCAUUUCAAACAUCUUAAUCAAUGUUUUGCAGAUAUGUGACAAUAAAAUGAAAAUACGUUAUGUGAAUGCUCAGUUUCCAAGCAGCAAUCACGACUCCUACAUAUGGAAAUUUAUUUCUCCGUUAGCACAAACCUGUCGUACAAAAAUUCCGCUAAACUUAAAAAUUUUUCUUUCCGAGUGAAUUCAGUGAAUGCAACUCUACGAAUUUCGAACUUAUUUUCGGAACUGUUCGAAUUGCAUGAUAGCAGUUUCGUAACUUUCCCGAAAAAACAGUCUACGAUGGAUUGCAUGACAGGGCUGAUUAAAAAAUAGCAGUGGCUUGUGAGAAAUAUAACACUUUGUGUAUACAUAUGUAAAAUAAUUGCGAAGAGCACACAUGCGACAUACGCUGAAGUGAAUAAAAACGAAACGAAUUGGUAAAAUCAAACAUAAAGAAAAUAAAAUAUAAACUAACCAAAACUAAAAAUUGAAGGAAAGUUUUGUGAAGUAUGUGGUGAAAAAAUAAUACCUACGUACAUGACAAACGUUCAGUAAAAUUCACCAACCUAAUAGUGCGCAAACACAAGGAAGGAGAGAAACCAAAAUCAAAGGUGGAUAAUUCGGUUAAACCGCAUACAGUGGAGUGUUGAAAUAAAAGCAUUUGUAUUUAUUUUUUCUGAUAAAGUUAGUGCAUGAGAUUUAUUGCGGUGAAGCAAAUUUAUAACAUAAACAUAAAGUGCCGUUAAAAAAAAAGAGUGUCGCGAGUGCCGCUAAAAAGUGCCGGAAAAGAGGUACAAACCCGUUAAAAAAACAGCCGUAAAACAGCCUCGACCAGCUCCUACUAUUUUUAGUCUUCGAUUUUUCACACCUACAGUUGAGCGAUCGUUUUUUCACACCAACAUGCCCGAAGCUUCGCAGCAAAUUAGACACUCGCUACGGCAAAAUUUGUUCUUGCACUGAGCAAAAAAAUGGAUAAAUUUUUUAUGUAUGAAAAUGAAAAUAAUCUUGCGCAAUGUAUGUUGUGCAAGAGUACUUUUAAGAGUAAACGUCUUUUCAAUUUAGAAAAGCAUUUUUUAAAUACUCAUAAAGAUAUUUCUAAUCUUGAAAUUUCCGAAAGAGAAAACAAAUUAGCGAAUUUAAAAAAAAGAACAUUUACAAAGCAGUUGAUACUGAAGAAAAGGGUAAACAAAAGAAAAAUGCGUCGUUUAUAGUUGCUCUUUAUUUUCGGUGUAGCUGCUUUGUUUACUUUUUAUUUCGCUGCUUGCUUCGCUUCUUGUUCUUCUUAACUAACAUUUGCAUAAUUUUGUGCGUGUGGUAGUUUGGUCGACACUGCCGUAAAACCAAAAACCGACAACUUCGGCCGUUAAUAACAUUAAACAGCUAUUUUGGGAUAACAUCGGUACCGAACGGGCUUGCAUCAACACCAUCGUCCCACUGCUGCUGCGUCAACGCCGACUUUCUCGCCGCUGCCAAGUCCACGUCAACACCGUCGCUGCUAACGUCGACACCAGAUCCUCUGCUUCGUGGGAAUGAGCUGCAAUUGCAUUCUCUGCAAAAGGGAAUUGAACGCAACCGCCUAUGCAUUCACAACAGGUUCAUUGGUCACCGAGGGUGCCACAGACGAUAUACAGCGACAACGCAACCAACUUCAUCGGCGCCGAUCGCAAGUUGCGCGAACUCAAAGAGGCGUUUCUGUCCCAGUCUCCGGAAGUAAUGGGAUUCGCCGCCGAAGAAGGGUUCAGGUUCGCCUUUAUACCACGGAGGGCGCCGCAUUUCGGCGGAUUAUGGUAGGCGGCAGUGAAGUCCGCCAAACACCUCGCCGUGCGCGCAAUGGGCAACGUGCUGCUCACCGCCGAAGAACUGGGAACACUGCUGGCCGAAAUGGAACCCAUCCUCAACUAGUGGCCCCUCGCACCGUUGAGCCAGAAUCCCAGCGACGGCGAAGCAUUGACUCCAGCACACGUACUAAUAUGGUGCUCCCUCCGAGCUUUACCACCGGCACAAGUGUCAACGGACCCAAUUCGCUGUUACGAGAGAUGGCAACUUGUUUGCUGUCUCAAGCAACAGUUUUGUCGACAGUGGUUCAAAACGUACAUUACCAGUCUUCAGGAGCGCAACAAAUGGCUGUAUCCGAAACUCAACCUGCAGCCCGGCGAUCUCGUCUUCGUCAACGAAGACAACACGCCACCGCAGCAGUGGGCACGAGACGGAAAGGUACGAGUGGCAGACAUGGCAACCAAAGCAGGCACCAUUAAGCGCCCUAUUCACAAGCUCGCCCUGCUGCCUGUCGAAGUUGAAAGAUCAUGAUCCUGUCAAGGCGGCCAGUGUUGCGUCAUGCGAUUUUAUAAAUCUAAAAAUAUUUUUUAAGAAAUAAAUUUGUCAAAAUAAUUGAAUAAUAUUUGAAUACAUUAUACAAUGUUUUACAUCAUGUAAAAUACUUACAAUUUGUAUAGUAUAAACAUAACCAUCAUCUACUACCUAUGUAUUCGAAUAUUCUAUUACCAUGAAUUACUAGAUUGCUGAAUUGAAUUGGAACUACAUACUAUACUUACCUCUUUUUUGUCUACAUACUUACCACUAGUCUAAGCCUUUAGGUUAAGAUUUAGGCUAACUAAUGAACUAAUGUAAUAAAGAAGAAGGCAAUUAGCUUUUAG